AUGGCCUGUGGCACUGGCAGUGGUCUUUGUGUUCUAAAGAAUCAGCAGUUGACUUUUCACUGGAACAGGCGAUUGUCUAAAUUUAACACGAUCUACCAAGCUGAACUUUUGGCUAUUCGAAAAGCGCUUCAACUUGCCCACCAAAUGGUCCUAAUUACAAAUCAAAAGAUUAAGAUUACUAUUUAUUCUGACUCAGCUUCCAGCUUAGAGGCUAUCUUAGACUACACCAGCAAAACUUCUCUUGUUCAAGAUAUACAACACUUAUUGUUACAACUUCCGUUUUCUCUUCGACCCAAUCUCAUAUGGGUCAAAUCACACCAAGGUCUCUUCGGAAAUGAAUUAGCAGACCGUUUGGCAAAAGAGGCUGCUCUUGCACAGGAGCGCAUAGAACAAUCUCUUCCAUUACCACAAUCAUACCUGAAAUCUUUAACAUGGUAUUUACUGCAGAGUAAAUGGCAAGAGCAAUGGUCUACUGGUUUGACUGGAAGACGAGUUUUUAAAUUCAUACAUAAAGUUUCGACAAAACUGUAUACUGUUAAUUCGGCUUUAACAUGGUUUCUCUCGGGACAUGGUCCCUUUAAGAGCUAUCUUCGCAGAUUUAGACUUAGCGCAGACGAUUGCUGA